AUGGCUCUCUUUCUCUUUGCUAUUUUAAUCUUGAUGGCCCCUUCAAGCAAUGCCUAUUGGCCACCUUCACCUGGCUACUGGCCAAGUUCCAAAUUCAGGUCUACUAGUUUUUACAAAGGGUUUAGAAACCUCUGGGGCCCUCAGCACCAAAGUCUAGAUCAAAAGGCACUAACAAUCUGGCUUGAUAGAACCUCAGGAAGUGGCUUCAAGUCAGUAAGGCCAUUUCGAUCUGGGUACUUUGGUGCUUCCAUUAAGGUCCAACCUGGCUAUACUGCAGGAGUGAUAACAGCUUUCUAUCUCUCAAACAGUGAAGCACAUCCUGGUUUCCAUGAUGAAGUGGACAUCGAGUUUCUUGGGACAACAUUUGGAAAGCCUUACACUUUGCAGACCAAUGUUUAUAUAAGAGGGAGUGGAGAUGGGAGAAUUGUAGGCAGAGAGAUGAAGUUCCAUCUCUGGUUUGAUCCUACCCAAGAUUUUCAUCACUAUGCUAUACUGUGGAGUCCCAAGGAAAUAAUAUUCCUAGUGGAUGAUGUGCCAAUAAGGAGGUACCCGAGGAAGAGUGGUGCAACAUUUCCUCUGAGGCCAAUGUGGCUAUAUGGUUCAAUAUGGGAUGCAUCAUCAUGGGCAACUGAAGAUGGAAAGUACAAAGCAGAUUACAAAUACCAACCUUUUGUGGCAAAGUAUACGAACUUCAAAGCUAGUGGUUGCUCAGCCUAUGCACCACGCUGGUGCCAUCCUGUUUCAGCCUCACCAUAUAGCUCUGGUGGGUUGACUAGACAACAAUACAGGACCAUGAGAUGGGUGCAGAGAUACCUCAUGGUUUAUAACUAUUGUCAAGACCCCAAGAGAGAUCACAGUCUUACACCAGAGUGUUGGGGUUGA